GAGGCGCGCUCGCAUGCUUGGAUUUGUUCUAGUGGAGCGGUUUGGUGCUUUGUGUGCGUUCGAAUACACAAUACUCAUUUCAAGCACUGUAAGAAUCAACAACAUACAUUCAUUCUACGGUUUCAAAGAUGAGAUCAUAACUUUUUGUGUAGCGCGAAAAUGAAUUUAUCGCAGCGUGGAUUUGUAAACAUGCAUCAGUCAUAUAAUUCGUCUGGUUCAGUUGGAGGUGUAUCGUCAUUUGUGGAAUUCCUCAGUAUUAAUUUACAAUGAAGAAAAUUUAGAUUGCACUAUCAUUUAAGAGCAAAUAUUUGUUCACACAUUUGCAAUGAGUAAUCUAGUUGGCGUAGAAACUAGUAUAAACAGCAACAAGUGAAAAAUGGCUGUCCUCUUAUCCUACCAUCGUCUAAUUGAGAAAGAUUCCCGCAAUGUUAAUUACUGCUGGAAAGCUUCCAUCAUAGCGGCACUUGUAGUUGCAAUUGGAUCUAGUCUUGUCGUGAGCUUCAGCAUGGCAUCGCUUUCGGAGAGUUUUAAUGAGCAUUGCUUCAUGAACGCAACACUUUUCAUCGAGAGAAGAAAAAACGAUACCAGCCAAGAGGAGUUAGAAGGAGGAGCAAACUUAACGUACAAAAACUAUUCAAUCAACGAGCACAAAAGUAGCUGGAGUAGUCACGAGUUUUGCGAAUACUUGACGUACACCCCGUUGGUGCACGCCCUGGCGGGUGUUAUUUGGCUAGCCCUCUUCACAAUGCAUGGCCACGGUGGAAAAGGAAUUGGAAGCAUCAUCCCGAAACCGUGGCGAAUAGUCUUUCCUUCGUUGAUAUUUUUUGUAGUGUGUCUUGUUUCGGCCACGGUCAGCGCCAGCAGGUCGAGCGAAGGGCUGAACGGAUUGUGUCGGCAGUUUGACCAAAUUCCGGAUGGAAUUAAGCUCGAGUGUGGGACUCUGUUGGCCUUCUACUCGCUUCAAGAUGUGCGCGGAGAGUUAAUUCCUCCGGAUAGAAAUUACUACCUCUUGGCUUCCUUUCCUUGGCUGUGGGUUACGAGCUAUGCGUGUGCGACGGUCAUUUUGGCGCUACGAAUCUUAUUGGUCGUGGACUUUCAACUGAUACGGGUUAUUAUCUCGACUGUGGACCCGAGCCGGACAGGAGAUUUGCAAGAAAACCAACCGCAAAGCUAUGAACUUGUGAUUGAAACCGCUUCAAACGAGGCCGCAUUGUGAGAUGAUUAACAGUAUUCAGGGAGUUUCUCAGCAACGAAAAAACGCAUUUAGACAUUUACGCUAAGUACUUCACACUACUGUAUUCAGAUUCUGUACUUCCUAUUAAAUGAUUUUUCUGCAUAAUAUAUUAAACACGGACGUCCUAUACACAUUUGAAGAAUAUUUUCAUAAUUGUUACAUGUUACAAUAAAUUUCUAAUACAUUAA